UUUAUAGAAAGUGAGCAAGCCGAGUUCCUACUAUGUUCUGUCGUUUGAUAGAGAGAGAGAGAGAAAGCUUCAUCUCCAAUCUCCAUCAUUAUCUCCUUCCUCUCUCCUCCUCCUCUUCUUCGUAACACACAUUGACUCUCAAAAAGUCUCCCCAUAACACAUCAAACCAGAGAAUUUCACUCACACCAUUUCCUUCCUCAGAUUCAAAAAUCAACAACCCGAUGGACAAACCGGAUCCUCCACCGAAUCCAAAUGCGGAUCCCGUCCCCUCCUCCUUCCACCGCCGAUCUCGCUCCGACGACAUGUCGAUGUUCAUGUUCACGGAUCCGCUCUCCUCCGCAGCUCCGCCUUCUUCCGACGACCUUCCCUCCGACGACGAUCUCUUCUCCUCCUUCAUCGACGUCGACAGCCUCUCCUCGAAUCCGGAUCCCCCGAUCUCCUUCCCAGAUCCCUCCCCCGCCGUUCCUCCGUCGUCCUCGUCUCGACCUCGCCACCGUCACAGCAACUCCGUCGACGCGGGAUGCGCGAUGUACGCCGGGGACGAGAUCAUGGACGCGAAGAAAGCCAUGCCUCCCGAAAAGCUCUCCGAGCUCUGGAGCAUCGAUCCCAAACGCGCCAAAAGGAUCUUGGCGAAUCGACAAUCUGCAGCGCGUUCGAAGGAGAGGAAAGCAAGAUACAUUCAGGAGCUUGAGCGUAGAGUUCAAUCUCUUCAAACUGAAGCCACCACUCUCUCUGCUCAGCUCACUCUCUUCCAGAGAGAUACAAAUGGACUUGCUAACGAGAACACAGAGCUGAAAAUGAGAUUACAAGCAAUGGAGCAACAAGCUCACCUUCGUAAUGCUUUAAACGAAGCAUUGAGGAAAGAAGUGGAGAGGAUGAAGAUGGAAACUGGAGAGAUAUCUGGAAAUUCAGAUUCUUUCGAUAUGGGGAUGCAGCAGGUUCAGUAUUCCCCUUCCACGUUCAUGGCGAUUCCACCGUAUCAUCAUGGCUCAAUCAACAACGGCCAAGAUAUGCAGCAGAUGCGAGGAUUCAAUCAAAUGUCGAAUUCUCAGAGCGUAUCCGAGUUUCUGCAGAACGGGAGAUUGCAAGUGCUAGAGAUAAGUAGCAAUAAUAGCUCAGGCUUGGUUAAAUCUGAAGGACCUUCGCUCUCUGGUAGUGAGAGUAGCUCUGCUUAUUGACAAAAGACCUUGGGGGGGGGGGAUGAGAAUACAUGUGUUAUAGGCUUUUAGAUUCAUUUGAUUUGAUUCACUUUUCGAUUAUUUACCAAUUCUUUAUUUAUGGAAGUGCCAAAGGCUUUAAAUUGUGUUGGUUUUUGUGUUGUUGAAUUCGUUGUUGUUGUGAGUUUCAUCGAUUUGCUACUCUCAUUGUUUGUUUGUUCAUCAAGGAACAUGGAGAUUCUUAAUAAAAGUUCGUUGGUUGCA